UGAAGCGGAAACUUUUUGAAUGCAAACGGGCGCGGGUUUGUGCUUGCCAUUCAGCGAGGGAAAGGUGCGGUGGAAGUUCCAGGAUCCCAUCAUCCAGACACAACAGAAGAAAACAAGUAGCAACCUGAGAUCAACAUAACGUCAAGAAGUUUACGUCACUCACAAUGUCGCACAAGCAAAUCUACUACUCAGAAAAAUAUGACGACGACAAAUUCGAAUACAGACAUGUCAUGCUGCCUAAAGACAUCGCCAAGUUGGUACCAAAAACCCACUUGAUGUCCGAGACCGAGUGGAGGAACCUGGGCGUUCAGCAGAGCCAGGGCUGGGUACACUACAUGACUCACCAGCCAGAACCGCACAUCCUGCUGUUCCGUCGUCCACUGCCCCAGACAGCGUGACGCUAAACGAGGUGGCCGAGAAAGAAAGAGCGAGAAACGGAACUGUCCGAGGAGCCAGCGCGGCGACGACGCCAUUUACAGGAAAGGGAUCCCUGCUGGACAGAUGCACUAUGCCUUUUGUAAAGAGCUUGCCUGACCCAGUGACCAGCCCCACCAUUACCCACAACUCCCCAUGUUUUUAACCCAUCAAUUAAUUAUACUGUUCAUGUGUUGCCCCUGCUCUGGGUCUGUUGUGGUGCCUGCAUCAGAGUAACUGUGGUUCCCUCUUUAGAGGCGGAAUGAUGUUCUUAUUCCCCGUCAUGUCUGUAUGUACCCCCCCCCCCCCUCUCUCUCUCUUCAUAUUUAACUGCUCUUAUCUGUGUCUUAUCCGUAUAUAUGUGACCCCUCGUUGUCCCAUGUGCUGUCAGAUCAGCUGCUUUCCAUGUACGACCUUCAUUUUACACUGAAAUAAAUCUUUAAA